AUGUCGGGCCGGCGCGCAGGCCGGAAGGCUGAGACUCUGGCUGGCGCCGGCGCUGAGCUGAUCUUUGUGGCCGAGCACGCUGAGGACCCGCGGCUGGACGUGUACCGUCAGAAGGGUGAGGAGGUCUGGGCAGAGCUCAAGCAGCAGGCCCGGCGCGUGGCCGGCGCCGCCGGCUCGGCGCCUUGCGCCUGCGACGUGCACUACAGCUGGGCGUGCCUGGAGCGAUUGCAGCAGGCGCAGGAGCUGGGAAAGGAUGUGCUGGUGGGUAGCGUGCUGCUGCCUUCAAGUGCCAGUCAAGAGGAGGUGCAGCUUUCUGAGAGAUGCACCUCGCUGCUAUUUCAGGCGAAGGGGAACUUGAUUGAUGCCGGCCUCGCAAUCAAAGGUGCACGCAAGAACUUUUGCAGGUUUGCCGUGGCAUUCCCAGUGUCCAAGAAACUCUCCCAGAUGAAGCCUCCCUACCUGGUCAUCGAUGACGUGGGCUCCAGCCAUAGCCUGGGGCAGAUCUUGCGCAGCGCCUAUCACUUCGGCGUGGAUUCGGUGGUGCUUACUGAAAGAGCCUGGGCUUUUCUGGACGCGCGCGCCUUCCGUGUGUCCGUGGGCUGGGGAUAUCAUAUGGACUUUCAUCUGGCAUCAUCCUUGCCAGAGGUGGUGGCACAGCUUGCCCAAGGUGGAGUGGACCUCUUCAUGGCGAGCGACGACGAUGCCUCUGAAAAUGUCGAGACUGCCAAAGGGCCAUGGGCACUGCUGGUGGGCGCACGAGAAGCGGCCAGUGGCCCAGAACUUCCGGAGGUGUCGGCUGUCAAAGUGCCUUGCCGCUUGCAGGGCACCAUGGACAUCGCCCACUCUGCAGCCAUUUGUAUCUACGAGCUCGCCGGCUUCGUCGUUCCGGCGCUCCGCGAGACCUGCGACGCGGAGCGCACCAUGGCGCACCCCGCACGCGCGGUCUGGCUGGUGGAAGGUUCGGCUCUGAAGGCCGAGGACCUGGAUCGUGUUCGCUACCAGUCAUGCUUGGCGGCCUUCUUGCUGCCCAACAUGUAUGGCUCAGACCCGGAGCGGGAGGACGUGGGCAACAUCAUGCGUGCCCUGACCAUGAAGAGGCAUACGUCCUACAUCCGACUGGUUUGCAUGAUACUGAAGGCUCAUUCAGUGGAGGGCCUGCUGUCGGUGAGAGUGCCACCUCAAGACAUCGUCUGCUUCGACAAUGUCAUCCAAGGCAUCCUUGGCAAAUCCGCCGAGGUGCACGGGUACCUGACCCUGGCCUCCAGCAUGCUCAAGACCUCGAAGAAGAUGUCCAACGCGGAAAUCACGAAGAAGGGCUACAUCUGGGCCGAAGACUACGCCACCAGCCUGGGCAUGACCCUCUUUGAGGUGGAGCUUCCGUCGUCUUACAAGUCGGUGCCCUUCUGCGAGGUCGCCACGGAUAUCUGCGAGAGGAGCGGCUCCUGGGCUUUCCUCAUCGGCUUGGCCGAGGAAGCCUUGUACCCAUCCGACAUCACCGAGUACGUGCUGUUUCCCAACAAGUACUACCGCGUGGGCUUGCAACAGGAUCGCGAUGUCAAGGGCAUUGUCAUGGCCCGGCAGCGCGAGGACAUCAACAUGGCUUUGCCCGGCAGAGCCAUCCGCUGGUCUCCGGAAGCAUGGGCCACCGGGAGCACCCAAACGCAGGCCAACCCGCGGCUGUCGACGUUGAAAGCCGCCAAGGACACGGAGGGCUGGGUCCGUGACCACUUCACCGAAGAAAGCGACAAGCAGGCCUACCUUCAAGAGAAGCUCGCAGUUGCGGCGAAGCGCCGGGCCGCCUUAGGCUUGGUGCAUCGAGGGAAGCUCAGCCGGGUUCAGGUUGAGGCCUACUUAGACGAGAUGGAGGAUGACUACUUCGACACUCGCGAUGAGCUGGAGGACGUCAUGGAAGAUUCCACAUCUGAAGUGAUGCAGGACCCCUUUGAGAGGGCCUUGCUGGAGAGGCGCAUGGAGGCGAAGCGCCAGAUCCUGGACGAGAAGGAAGCCAUGGACGCCGAGGCAGCAGAUGACAUCCUCUACGGCGAGAAUGAAAGCAUCAGAGUGGGGCUGGCCUCCAUCAACAAGGCAGAGGAGGCCCAGUAUCGCCAGCGGAUGCCAGACCCCAUCGUGCAGCGAGAGGACGAGAUGCUGUGGGGCGCCCCGGUGGCGCCGCUGGAGAAGAUCUGGGCCAACGCCAAGGAGCCGCCAGACGAGCUCCUUGUGCGGGGCGACCACAUCGUCCUCCUCAGCUUGGAGAGCGACCUCCCCGAGGACACGGAGCAGGAGGACACCUUGGCCACCGGCAAGCGGAAGCCCUUGCGGCCCGGUAGGAUGCUGCCGUUGAAGACCUUCAUCCGCUCGAUGAGGAGCCAAAAGAAGCGCCGGCCCUUGGUCGUUGUCUCCAAGCGGGUCCCUGUGGAUUGGGCCCGAGUCAUGCAUGAGCCUUUGGUCUUCCUGGUGCUUGGGGUGCCGUUCUCCCCGACCUCCUUGGAGCGGGCUGGCUUUCUGCAGGCCAAGUCCAUCGUGAUCUAUCAGCGCGAUGUGCAGAAGUGCUCGGACGCGCCUUUGGUGGAUUCCAAGGCCGUGUUUGCCCAACGCCUCGUAGAAGCCCUCGUUGCCGAAGCAGGAAAAGUCUCUACGCCGGUGAUCAUGCACAUCCACCUGGAGGACAACACAGAGCUCAUGACCGAGACCGCAGAGCCGAAGAAAGCCAAGGGACUGCUGGAGAUGCUGGAGUCGAAGACUCGAGAAGAUGAUGACGAUGACGGGGGCCAGAGCAAGUAUGUCGAGGCAGAUGAGAUGCAGCAGAUCGUGCUGCAGCACCGCUUUGCCAGCGGCGUGCU